AUGCUCAGUUCCAUAUUUAAGGCGUACCCGGAGCCCCCUGAGGUCGGCUACUGGGGCAAGCCCACGUCGACCAUCGACUGGUGCGAGGAAAACUACGUCGUGUCGCCCUUCGUCGCCGAGUGGGCCAACACGGUCACCAACGGGCUCUUCGUGCUGCUGGCCGUAUUCGUGACGUGGUCCGCCGUGCACAACCGCCUGGAAAAGCGCUUCGCCAUGAUCGGCCUCGGCCUCGGCACCGUGGGCGUCGGCUCGUGGCUCUUCCACAUGACCCUGAAGUACGAGUACCAGCUGCUCGACGAGCUGCCCAUGAUCUACGCCACCUGCAUCCCUGCCUGGAGCAUCUUCUGCGAGGAGCGCCAGCUGCUCGCCAAAGGCGCCGACGGUGCCAACGGCACCGCCGGCACCGUCGCUGUCGCGCGCAAGCCCACGCUGCUCAAGCAGGCCGUCGUUGCCCUGCUCGUCUUUGGCACCGCCACCGCCCUCACCGUGAUCUACCUGGUCUACCGCGACCCCACCAUCCACCAGACCGCCUACGCCGUGCUCAACGUCCUUGUUGUGUUCUCCGCUGGCGCGCUCGCCUCCAAGUACGUCAGCGACCCGCGUGCCCGCCGCAACCUGCGCGACACCAUGGCUCUCAGCAUCUCCAUCUUCCUGACCGGCUAUCUCCUGUGGCAGCUCGACGUGCACUUCUGCUCCUUCUGGAUCUUCAUCCGCAGGUCCCUGCUGAAGCUGCCGCUUGGCAUCCUGCUCGAGCUGCACUCCUGGUGGCACCUGCUCACGGGCACCGGCGUAUAUUUCUAUAUCGUGCACCUCGAGUACCUGCGCGUGCUCACCCACGACCAGGCCGACCAGUACACUCUCGUGUGGCAUUGGAAAGUGUUUCCAGAGCUGGUUCUCAACGCCCACCGCGGAAGCACCAAGUACUCCCUGGAGUUCAUGGACAAGUACGUGAGCGACUCCGGGCCCGGUUCCGCCGGCCCCAAAGAUGACCGCCGGAAGAGCGAGUAA